CAAAAGUCAAGCUGUCAGCUGUUUUUGUGUCAAUACGAAAUUUUUGUCCAGACACCUUUUUAGAUUUUGCAAUAAACGCUGUGGGAAAACUCAGAUUAUUGGACUGUGAUAGCUGCUGUUGUCUUUCAAUAACUUUUUAACGUUCAGGUAAAUUGCAAAAAUACGUUAAAUGGAUUCGGCCAACAGCAGUGUGGCUUCUGUGAAAAUGAAUGGGACCAGCACAACCAAUAGUGUUGCUGAAGCACCAAUAAAAGCAAAUAGUAAUGGGUGCUACAGGGAUGAAGAUUCAUGGAAAGAAGUCUCUAUCGCAGUACCAUGGGGUACAGUAGCUGGUAAAUGGUGGGGACCACAGAAUCGCCAGCCAAUACUCGCUCUCCACGGUUGGCAGGACAAUGCCGGUACAUUCGAUCGUCUAUGUCCACUGCUGCCGGCGCACAUUCCAAUACUCUGCAUUGAUCUCCCCGGCCAUGGUAAGUCGUCACACUAUCCAAAUGGAAUGCAGUAUUUCAUCUUUUGGGAUGGCAUUGCCCUCAUACGGCGCAUAGUACGCCGCUACGGUUGGGAGAAUAUGACACUGAUGGGCCAUUCCUUGGGUGGCGCAUUGACUUUCAUGUAUGCGGCUAGCUUCCCAAAUGAAGUGGAAAAACUCAUUAACAUCGAUAUUGCUGGACCAACAGUGCGCAAUGUUGAUCAUUCUGCGGAAAAAACUGGCUGGGCAAUAGAUAAAAUGUUGGAUUACGAGAAUUUAUCGCUGAACAAGAUGCCCUGCUAUAAUUAUGAAGAAAUGAUUAAAUUAGUUGUAGAUGCGUAUGACGGUUCAGUGGAUGAAGAGGGUGCGAAGGUGUUGAUGCGGCGUGGCAUGUCACCAACACCAGCCGAAAUAAAAAAGGAUGGCUUUAAUUUUGCACGCGAUGUGCGCUUGAAAGUGAGCUUGCUUGGCAUGUUCACGAAAGAGCAAGUUAUAGCUUAUGCAAAGCUUAUACGCUGUAAAGUACUCAAUAUACGUGCUGAUCCCGGCAUGACGUUUCAAAAUCCACUAUUUUACACCGAGGUUAUUGAAACGCUGAAAAAGAACGCAGAGUUAGUGAUAUUUGAGAAAGUACCUGGUACGCACCAUUUGCAUCUGGUUACCCCGGAACGAGUGGCGCCCGUAAUAGCUGAUUUUAUGUUAAAGUCUUAAAUAUGACUAGUUGAUUUAGUAGAGGCUCUAAUCUACAUUAUAAUACUAGUAACAUCUACAUAUAUUUUUAAGAAAUUAAACAUGUGUAUGCCACAAGUGGAUUUUAAAAUUAAUUGACGUAAGAAUGAAAAUUAUCAAGUAUUAAAUGUUUGUACUUCAGGAUGCGUAUGUGAUACAUUUUCUUUAUUACAAAAAUUCAAAAAAAGGUUUGAAACGCUUUAUGGAAAGAGAUUUUCGGAAGCACCACCUUCCAAAAAGAAACUUACGAUUCUUCUAUCGAUUGAAUAUUUCAAAUCUAUUUACACUUAACUUUUAUGAAUUCAGCGCUUUUUAUGUUUGAAUGUCGUUGGAUGUUAAUAAUAUGAAGCAAGUUGAAUAUGGGACAAUUUGGUACUUUACAAUUUUCUAUAAUUUACAAUUAAUACCAAUUAUAAAAUUAUCGGUAAUUUUGCGCAA